AUGAGGAAAUAAAUUUUUGAACUAACUUAAAUAUCAGACCAUUCUGCGUUGAAAUUGAUACAAUAUUACUUUAAUUAAUUUUAUACAAUAUAUUAAUUAAUUUUGUAAUAUAAUACCCAUUCAAAAUAAGUUAUUUAUAACCUUAAUUAAAUGACUGAUCAGGAGAUCAGAUUAUUGCUAUUCAAAUUAUUUAAAACUUUCAUCUUAAAUGUUAACUACAGAAAAGUAUAGUAUAUUAGGAGGAGAAGAAGAAGACAAUAUUAAAAAAUUGUUAAUAUUAUAUUUCAUAUGAGCAAAUUUUAGAUUAAAUUUCUUGAAAUUAUAUUAAAAUGA